GGGUUUAGUCUGCCAUGGAAGAGACGAAUGUGGCGUCGUCGGGCUUAGAGCAGACUCUGAGGCAGGACCAGGAGCAGCCAGAGGAUCGUCGCCUUGCCGAAGCACGAUUGGGACGCCAGAUUUACAAGCAUCCCGAGGGCAAAGUUGCCCGUCCUCAUCGCUGCAACGAUCGCCUCGAGGACUUGAUUCAGGCACUAUUCGAAGGAGAUCCUCGAAAGAAUCUGCCCGGUCCGUGGAGACUUCUUUGGCAGUGCAUUCGCUCGAAUCCAGGGGAGGAGCCGACAGAACCUUUUUCGUUUCUGAAGAUAGACCCUCCUGGAAAGGGCGAUUCCAAAGAAGGUGACAAAUGAUAUCACUCGGUGGAUAGGGAAUGUACCUGUCUGGCGUUGCCGGCUGUGCUUCUCUGCUCAGAGUUUCUUCUCUGGUUUGUCCAGAAAUGGCACUUGGUUGAAUCUGUUGACAUCGAAUCAUGCUGACAAAAAUGGUGAAGAUCAUCUCCUCACCUGGAGCUCCUGUCUGCCGAGCGCGCUACUGCCGACAUGGAGGUUUUGAUGUACUUAGGUUAUCAAAAGGAUUCAAUUCUGUCGUCACUACUGAAACUCCACUUCAGUAUGGUGCAAGUGCUGUCCCGCAAAAACUUGUCACCUGUUUAUGUGACAAGCAGUGCGACUUCCAGCCUCGAUCCUUUUGGAGCUUCAGUUCUUGCAUCUUUUUGGGGACCUUCGCUCGAAGACCCUACCACAAAGUCAGCCAUUCUGUGGAUUCUUCAACGCAUAGAAUCACCUGGAGCAGGAUACACUCAGAAGGUGGUGUAGAGGGCUCUAAAGACGUAACUUUCACAUCACCUGUGGUGACUACAAAAUUGAAGGCCAGCUCUGCGGAUCUCCAUCCCCAGAGUAUGUCCGAGAGAAAACCACUGGGAGGGACAUCCGAAAGAUUGGUUAAAGCUAUCAUCUAUGAAGCGCAGAGGGGGUUUGCAAAUGUAACAGGAAAAAAUAAACGGUUUGGCGACUUCUUGUUCGAGCAGGUUAGCGUUCAAGCCGAAUCGAGCUCAGAAAGUUCGGGUGUAUUUCGACAGCUCUCGCAGGAUUCCAAGCAAUAUGAUCAAAUGGAGGAAGAAGAUCGGAUAAUCCUAUUGAAUAGGGUUGCGCGAAGUAUCGGGUUUGAGAAUCUUCAAGAUUUGCUUGACCAUGAUUGUGCUUCUACCGAAGCCAGCCGUGGUCUUCAAGACCACAAGAAAGACGGAAAGGUGCACGGUGUUAGAUCAUACACUUCUCCUUCUGAAAAAGAGGAAUCCCAAACAGGGAAGAAACAGAUGAUUGAAGGGAAAACUUUACCAACUCCUCUUAGUCCUGUACAUCCAGGCAUCAUUUUUGGGAGUAGCCAGCCCAUAGAGCUGUUCAACUUAGGAGGACAAAGCACCUCAGUUUCCAGCUCACAGGUAGUUGACGUCAAGAAUGUCGUAACGGAAACCAGGAGUUCAGUCCCUGCAAAAGGGAGAAAGGUUGCCUCUGUGAAGAAGGACAAGAGAAAUGUUGCCAGAGUAGCUGUUGAUGGAAGCGUUACGCCGGAAUCGAAAGUAGAGCUAACAGCCUCCUCUUUAAAGAUAGACGGGAAAUCUGUUACGUCUUCAAAGCGCCCCAGCCUCAAAGACGCCUGGGGUUUGGACAUGCCGAUGAGUUCGAUAAAAUGCUUGUCGACUUACUUGCGGUCCCGUUUGGAGGAAAACGGUUUUGUAACGAUGCGAAUGUUGUUGCAACAUUACCCGCGAAUGUAUAGAAAUUUUCAGGAGGCUGGACAGAGAGUGGAAGAUGGGCAACAUCUAAGUUUUGUAGGAACUAUAGUGCAAUCAAAAGGUCUGCCCCGGGGCCCCAGUCUAGGAAUGACAGAAGUAAUCAUUAGAAGUGAAGUGGAUUCGACCAACAACGAGGAGCUAUUGUCAGAAAAUAUCGAAGGCCCAUCCAGUGACGGAAGAUCGGGGCAAAUAGUGUUUUUGCAUCUGAAGAAGUUCUACAGAGGUUCAAGAUAUGCCAGCUCGUGGUUCCUUAAUGCGAUGGCAAACAAGUACCCCGUAUCGUCCCAAGUCACUGUUUGUGGCAAGGUGAAAGCACUGCAGCAGCCUGGUCAUUUUGAGAUUCGAGAAUACAAUCUUGAGCUUUGGGAUGAAGAUAAGGACACCUCUGCAAGUGUGUUGAGCUUACCAGAAACUAUUCCGGGAGGAAAACCGUACCCUGUUUAUUCUGCAAAAGGUGGUCUUCAGUCUAAAACUAUUGAAUUCUGCAUUCAUAGAGUUCUGCCGAUUAUACCCGCACAAGUUGACCCACUUCCAGAAGAUUUUCGCGACAAAUGGGAAGUCCAGGAAUUGCGGCAGGCUUACGUUGGCAUCCACUCUCCACUAGACGCAAGAGACGCUGAAUUAGCGCGCCAAAGGCUUGUUUUUGAUGAGUUUUUUUAUUUACAGCUUGGAAUGCUUCUACCUAGGCAAGAACUAGCCGGCAAAUGUCUUGCAGCUGCUGGUAUGGCUGACCCGGCCCUGGUAUCCAAAUCGGGAGUUCUCAACAUGGAGAACUGGUCCCCCUUGACUUUGAAGCUUGUGAAAUCUCUUCCAUAUACUUUGACUCAAUCUCAAAUAAGGGCAGCCGGGGAGAUCAUGUGGGAUCUACAAAGACCUGUUCCAAUGAGCCGACUUUUGCAGGGUGAUGUGGGAUGCGGCAAAACAGUGGUGGCAUUUCUCGCACUUUUAGAAGUUGUUGAUGCAGGCUACCAGGGAGCUCUGAUGGCGCCGACAGAAUUUUUAGCUGUUCAGCACUACCAAAGGAUCUCUUCCUGGUUAGAAAAAUUAGAUGAAAGUGAAAGACCUCGUGUAGCAUUACUUACAGGAUCGACCCCCGUAAGCAAAGCCCGUGUUAUAAGAAGUGGUUUCGAAAAUGGUGAGAUUGAUUUGGCUGUUGGCACGCAUAGUCUGAUUGCAGACAGUGUCAAAUUUUCGGCACUGAGGCUUGGAGUUAUAGACGAGCAACACCGAUUUGGUGUGGCUCAGCGUGGACGCCUUAAUAGCAAGGUACGUGAUGCCGUUGAACUGCCAGAUACAACUGAAGGAGAAGCCAAAUCCACUACAUUGCCUCCUCAUGUUCUCGCAAUGUCUGCAACCCCUAUACCUCGAACAUUGGCAUUGGCUUUACAUGGAGAUAUGGCCCUGAGUCAGAUUACAGAGCUGCCUCCAGGUCGACCAGAGACUGCAACAUACGCUAUUUUAGGAGAUAAGAAGGGACGCCAAGAAGUUUACAAGAAAGUACGGGAAGAGCUUGAAAAUGGAGGACGCGUCUUCGUUGUCUAUCCUGUGAUAGAAGAAUCGGAAGAGUUACCGGAUGUCCGAGCAGCAGAAAGUGAGUUCAAGAACCUUGAAGUUGAGUUCGAGAAUUACAAGUGUGGUCUUGUUCAUGGCCGUAUGCGUUCUCAUGAAAAGGACGAGGCAAUGGAACGGUUCAAAGCAGGAGAAACGAAGGUUCUGGUUUCAACCACUGUGAUCGAGGUUGGCAUAGAUAUCCCCGAAGCAUCUAUGAUUGUUAUAGAGCAUGCCGAAAGAUAUGGCAUGGCCCAACUGCAUCAGUUGAGGGGUCGUGUGGGACGAGGUACAAGGGAUUCCUCCUGCAUAUUGUUGGGAUCAAGACCUUCAUCUCUUGCAAGGCUGAAGAUGUUGGAAACAUCGAGGGAUGGAUUCUAUCUUGCAGAGGUUGACUUGAAGCUAAGAGGACCAGGAGACUUAUUAGGAAAACAACAAUCAGGUUAUCUUCCUGAAUUUCACAUUGCUCGGCUGGAGAAAGAUGGCGAGAUUCUAGAAAAAGCCCGUGCUGCUGCAGAGGAGCUUCUGCAACUUCACUACAAUCUAGAAGGCGUGCCGAGGGUAAGGCAGGAGCUCAGUAUGCGUAGGCCUCCCAACGCUUUGUCAUAGUGAUUGUGUGAGAUGUUUGGCCAGCAAUUUGUACCAUUAGCUUCAAUCAUUUUCUUUUCCUCAGUUCGAGAAGACACGGCUGGUAUGAAAAUUGUUUAGGGAUAAUUUUUGCACGAUAGGUGCUGCUGUCUACUUUUGUACAAUAUGAACUUAACCUUGGGAAAGGUGCUCUGAGCCCAAAUAGCACCGAUUUGCCUGCGUUUUCACAUAAAAACGAACCAUCUACAUUAAGUUUAAUCUUUGCUUGCUCUC